AUGACAAUUGUUCAAGUCAUGCCACUCAGUAACAAUACUGUUAGUAGAAGAAUAGAUGAAAUGAGGGAAGAUAUUGUAACACAACUUGUUGAAAAGCUGAAAUCAAGAAAAUUCCCAUUACAAAUGGAUGAAUCAACUCUAAGAGACAGCGAGGUCAUAUUGCUAACCUAUGCAAGAUAUAUUGAUAAAGAGAAAAUAACAUCUUGUGCUGCAGAAGGUGCUCCUGUUAUGAUGGGCAAGAAAAAUGUCUGCUUAAAAUUGGUGAAAGAUGAGAACCCAGAAAUGCUUCUUGUGCACUGUGUUAUUCAUAGAGAGAACUUAAUAUCCAAAAAUAUGUCUCCUAUUCUCAAUGAGGUACUAAAAUCAGUUAUAAAAUGUAUCAAAGUUAAUACCAAAUGUGAACGUCUUUUCAAGCAGUUUUGUGAAAAUGCAGACUAUGUGAGACUUUUAUCUCACCCUGAGGUAAGGUGGCUCUCAAAGGGGAAUUGUUUGAAAAGAUUUAUGGAACUAUUUGAUGUUAGUGACUUUUUAAGUGACAAGCCUGAAAUGAAGCACCUGCUAACCGUUGAUGGUAAAGCAUUUGUGAGUUAUUUAACAGAUAUCUGUGAAAAACUGAAUAUGUUAAAUGAACAACUUCAAGGAUCAAAUAAAAUUCUUAUUGACUUAACCAACUUUGCAAGAAAAUUGUUGUUACCGUUUCCAUCUUCAAGUUUAGCCGAAUGUGGCUUUAGUGCUGUAAAUGAUUUGUUAUUGAAGAAAAGAAAUUGA